AUGUCUGCAGCAACUGCGACUCCGAUACCUCAAGCCUCCCGAGGUCCUCGCCGUUCAGGGAGGAACCACCGGCCGUCAGACGUUCGUGACGGCGACAGCACAACAGCUUCCGCAGGUCCUCGGCGCAACCCCUCCCCCGCCAUGGGAAGUACAACAAAGAACAACAAAGGUCAACACCGCAAACCUCCACAAGGCAACAACAAGUCACAAAUAGAAGGGAAGUAUGGAAACAUUCAGCAGGAGAAGGUCAAGGCGAUGCCAACACCCGUGAAACCAGCCGCCUAUGCGGGAUCUGCUUUCCAACAAUCACCAGCCCCUUCAGCUCUUCCUCUUCCGAGCUUCUAUUCCAAAUCUCUACCUACCACGAGCUCCAUGCCACCACAACCUCCCAUCUCAGAAGACACCAGCUCCCACGACUCUUCGGUUACACCAGGCGAUGAAUCACCAAGCAAGCGAGAAUCAACUCCCUGUGACUUCCUCUUCGAAGCCGCCCGACAGGCAAGAGCCACUCCUCGGGGUGACAGCCCAGCCGCACGCUCCGGCAAUCUCUCUGUUACCAAUGGAAGUCCUGCUUCUCAUUCACCCGCGCCCCGAGAGGGAGAUCCCAUGUUUCCCUUCGAGCUGGAAGGCGGGAACCCGGGAGAAGAUGGACUGGCCUUCGCUACCCCUUACAAAGACCGCAUUGAGGCUCUACGGUCCACCAAGUCCACGUCUACAGGAGGCAGAAGCAUGGAUGAGAACGAGCGCAGGGCGAAAUCGGAGGCAUUGAAGAAGUUGCUUAUGAAAUCAAGCGGUCGAGAAAACGGCACCGAAAAUGAUUCCGUCACCGAUACUAAUCCUUUCAACGCCAGAGCCCCGUAUUCAGCGGGUGCUUCCCUUGCAUAUGGCCAGGCUCGUUCCAGCUCGAACCCCGGCACACCGGUCUACAUGCACGAGAAUUCCACGUAUCAUCAUUCUCCGCCGAAUUUCAAUCCCGUCGGGUAUCCAUUCCCUGCCGCGCAGAUGUAUACUCCAAAGCGAACGAACUCUUCCCGGCUUAGACACGUCUAUGGAGCACAGAGCGAGCCCGAGUACGCCGAGUUGUCGUCUGAUAGUGCAAUAACGCCACCGACGGCUUCCCGAAAACACAACUCCCGUCAACAAUCCCAAUAUAUUACAGGGCCAUCCACGAACCAGCCGCAGAUGCCGACUCAUCGAUCUAAGCCUAGUGCGCAACAACUUGAGGAUGAUUUGAGAAGGGUGCUGAAGCUGGACCUCACAUCUCGAGGAUGA